AUGCUGGAGUUGGUAGCAACACGUCAACGGCUUGCAUCAAGCUUGGAGGCUGUGCGACGCCUUGCGUGGGUGUUUCUUGUUGUAUGUUUCGCCUUUUGGCAGCGGCAUCGUUGGUUUGGCCGAAGGCAAGGUCAGGGAAGCCGGCACCGUCCACGAGGUGCAUGGCCAAGAGACUUCGUCCUGGCUCCCGCAGCAGUUCCAUUUUCACGGCCGGCGACUGAAGAAGAGCUGGGAGAUUGGCACUUUGGCGGGCGAAGGCGGUGGCUCUGGUUUCACGAUGGCAAGACCCCGAACGGCUGGUUUGAGCUCGGAGCCGCGGGAGGGCUGCGAGUUGAAAUCGGCCGGAGCCGGGAAGGGAGCUGGUGGAAGGGGAGGUCAGGCGAGCUGGUUGUUUCCUUCGGCCGUUGUCAUCACGUCUUGGAGCUAACACAGGCGGCCGAGAUCCCCACCUUUCGGGUACAGGAAAGGAAAAUGAAGGAUGGCUCCGCGGCAAGGGCACACGAAGCGAAGACCAUCGGAAAGCUGGACCUGAGCUUUACAAGCUGA